UACAAAUAAGAUAUUGGUUGUUGUUUACAAGAAUGGCAGAGGCAGCUGUGGUGUGGUGAGAUUUGUUUUCAAAACGAAUUGCAGAGAUUUAUCGAGAAAUAUCUCUGAAAUAAUGGUGAAAGAUGUCAUCCAGAAAAGGCCGACAAUCCAGAAGCUCUAUUGACAAUGUGCUGGAUGAUCUGCUUGAAAGUGACACAGAUACUGGGAAAAAACCUCCUGCUUCUAAACCAGUUAAUACCAAAUCAGCAGCGAAACCAGUAAAAUUAACUUCAGAUGCAAGUGAUGCAGAAUUCUACAAAAAUUUGAAGAGUAUAGGGGGUAACGAGAUUAUAGACAAUUUUUCUGAGGACGAAGAAUUAUCCGAUGAUGCUGCAAAAAGAAUUGUUGACAAUAUUGGGGACUUGGAUGAUUUGGAUGAUGACCUUUUUGCAGGAUUAGGUGGUCCGAAAAAAAUCGUUAAGAAAAAAGCUGAUCCCAAGCAAUCCAGUCCUAAACGGAAAAAAUCAGUUGAACCUUCUUACAAUCCAGAUGACCCACUAGCUGGCUUAGGUUUAUCAGAAGAUGAAGAUUUUAGUAUCUCUAAGAAAAAAACAACGCCUCACAAGAAGCCACUUAGCCGCAGACUGUCUGGUGACAAAAUGAGAAUUGAACCAAAACAAGGAGACACUGAUGAUAAAGAACCUUACAGAUCUCCCACUAUAGACAUCCAUGACGAUCCAUUCCUCACAUCCAACGCGAAAGGAGGAAAACAAGAUGUAAGGCGCAGUAGCUUUGAUGAUACGGGGAGCGAAAAUGACAUAUCACCACGUCAUUCUGUGGAAAAACAAAGUAGGCAUAAAUCACGACGUAAAGUGUCUGUAGAACCUUCUCCACCUAAAAUUGAUGAGAUCAGUCAACCAAAAGGGAACGCCUCACCAAGAAGAUCAUCAUCCCAACAGAAGCCAUCAAAGAAGACAAAUGAUGAUAUAUUUGGAGAUAGCGAUGGACUGCCAGGGUUGAGCGACGAGGAGAGUCUACCACAGAAAAAAGUUGUGAAAAAGAAACUUGAUAAGGAUGAUAUUCCUGCAAAUAAAGCUUCAUCGGCUUUAGAUAAUCUUCUUUCUGGUUCAUCUUCUUCAACAAAGAGCAAGAAAGAACCUACAAUGCUGGAACAAAUAAUGUCUGGUAAAGUGAAGAAAACUGAAACAAAAAAAGAAGUCGAACAAGAAGAACUCCAGUUUGGCGGAUACACCCCAUCUGUAGGUAGUGGCAACAAUAGACCUACAACUGCACCAAACAGUCGAUCUGUUCGCUUUGCAGAUGACCUUGGUCUAGAACUGGAUGACAGUUUCAGUGCAACUCGACCAUCUUCUGCACCAGAAAAGAAGAAAACUCGCCGAAAUAGAAACAAAAUUCUGGGAGUAGAGCUAGACUCUUCUCUUGAUGAAAGUAGUUCUGAAUGGCUUUCAAACGCGAAAAAGAAGGGGGAGACGAAUGGGAAGGAUAAAAAAGAGCAGCCGAAAGCAAAUAAAAAAUUGACUAGACAAUCAAGCAAAGAUGAUUGGCUCGGACUUGGGGAAGAUCUCACUGACCAAUUGGUGUCCAGUACUUCAGGUGAACUGUUUUCACCACGAAAAAAUCAGACUAAUGAGAAUGAAGGCAGUGCGAACAAAACAGAGAAAACAAAAUCUGCAGAUAUAGACCUUACGUUGCCAUGGGAGACUCCUUUAAACAAGCCAAGGGCAGGUAGAAGACAGACUACUUCCACUGCAUCCUCAUUAUUGGCAAAGAAAUCUGAAAAUGCAACAGACACGAACCAAAUAGAAUCAAAUGAUCACGUCAAUGCAACAAAAGUAGAAUCCAAUGAUUCGGCUCGUGCAAUAAAGGAUAAACAAAACUUGGAAAAAAAAGUUGAGGAUGAUUUUGUGAACUUGUUAAAACAGAAAAAGACGUCUCAAAGUCGUGACAGAGAACCUUUAGUGAGUACAAAUGUAAGCAGUACGUUCAAUUCACAAGCCAAGGUUACUAAUGAAAACCAUCCUCAGGUGGUAUCUACUCCUCUGACCAAUACCGUCAACCUUCCACUAAAUUCAUCCACAUCAUAUUCAAUCGUUACACCUCAACCAGAGAAUGUUCGACCAAUAAUUUCGGAUCAGACACACCCAUCAUAUCCAAUCUCUUUACAGCAGGCGUUGGCAAUGCAGCAAAGCCUGCAUUAUCAGAUGCCAAGUCAUAAUAGUAUCAAUUCACAGUUAUUUACUCCUGAUCUUCAAAAUAUUCAACUGAUUAAAGAAGAAUUGCAAAGAGACAUCGAGAAGCAACACCAAGAAGAAUUCAAUGCAACAAAACGGCAGUUUGAGCGAGAUAAGUCGUACCUGGAAUCCGAAUUACGUGAACUACAAGAUAAAGUUUUAAAGAUUGAGGAAGUUAAAUCCACCUCCACAACUGACUACUCUUCUCGUAUAAGAGAUAUGGAAAGUAAAGUGCGCAAAUUAGAGCUGGAACGAGAUCAACUGUUGCUGACUCAGGAAAGUUUGAAGCAACGUCACAAAGAUGAACUGAAUGCUUUGGAGAUUUCUCAUAAAAAUAGAAUGGGGUUUCUUGAAGCGUCCUACCAACGUCGGGAGGAACAGUUGAAAGAGGAGGCCCAAUUAACUAAAUCGUACGUUGAUGAGAAAAUCCAAUCGUUGCGGAAUGAAAAGGAAGAUUUGGUAGCUGGAUUCAAGAAAAAAAUCGAGUUAUUGGAGAAGAAUCGAAUAUCAGAAUUAGAAAGAGUCAAAGAACUGCAUAAGAAGAGUCUCGAAGAAUUUACAAAAGAGCACGAUGAACAAAUCGAACACAUGCGAAUGUUGAAAGAACAGGAAGUAGCCGCUGCUGUCAAUGCCUUCUCACAUACUAAAUCGUUGCAAUCGCUUAUCACGGAGGUGCAAAACUCCACUCGAGAGGUGAGUCAACUACAGAGCAAACUAGAUGCGACACAUCAUUCCAAACUCGAGGACCGUGAGCAAACGCUCAAAAGUAAAGAUGAAUACUUACGAAAGCUCGAAACGCGUUUACAACAGCAAGAAGUAAGCAACGACGCAGAAAGAGAGAGGCUGCAAAAUCUAGUGUCGAAAUUAGAAAUUCAGCUGCGCGAACAGACAAGACAGAUUGAACAAGAUAAAUGGAAGCUGAAUCAAGAUGAAAACAGAUUAAAAGCAACGCAGGCGGCAUUUGAAGAAGAAAGACGCAUCACUACGGAGCAGUUGAUGCGAGAACGCCAACAGUUGACGAAAGCGAGGGAAGACAUGCUUACUGAGCAACGUCGCGUAGUUACUGAAUGUUACGAGGAGAGAAGAAACAUCGCUCAGGAACGCGCACAAUUAACAGAACUGCAAAGAGAAACUUUAGAGAAAAGUCGCCACGAUCGAUCGUCUGCCUUGCAGGCCGAAUCUGAUCUCGAAGCCACUUUGACACGUUACCAACACGAAUCCAAUGCGUUUAACACACGUUUAUCGAAAUUAAAACAAGAAGAGGCGAGCUUAUUGGCGGAGAAAGAGGAAUUCGUGAAGCAGCAAAAGUUAUUGAAGGAGGAGUUUGAUAAAUUGAAUAUGGCAGGUAAAGAGGUGCAGCAGAGGUCGCAAGAAAUUGAUGAAUUCGCUGUGGAAGCCAGGAAAGUUCAUGACGAAGGUUUAAGAGCGCUCGAAGAAGCUCAGGUAACACAAGCAGAAUUUUUUGACGCGAAAAAUCAGCUCGAAGUGACAGAUAUGGCACUGCAAGCACAGGAGAAUGCUUUAAGACAGGAAAAAGAACAGCUUGAAUCGGAAAGACGGACAUUUGAGCAAGACAAACAGCUGAAUAGAUGUCAUGCUUGCAAGGGAUUGAUGUCUAACACAAUUAGAGAAUACACAUCGCCAUGUAAAUCAAGACAUAUCGACGUAGUUUCGAUGCAUGGUACUUCACAAAAUAGUCAUGUUGUCAAUCAAAGCAGACAGGUUCAAUUCAGUUCUCCUUACGUGAAACCUUCACAUGGUGUGGAUUAUUACCAAGCUUCUCCAAAACAGUUUACUCGUCAAUUAGAUAACAAUAACAACAUUGUAAAUUCUACGCCUACAAGUACCGUGUUGGACUUCACGCAGGAUUCGUUACAGUCUUCUGAUUUUAAGCUAAGCAAGUCUAUUAAUAAUACAAACAAUCCGUUAAGUAAUAACCCUCCUCCUGACUUGCUUAUGAAUAAUUUUGAAUUUAAGCGUGCAUUAAGGAGAUGGUCAACUGCGAAGGAGAAAGACGAUGAAUUUUUUGAAGAAGAGACAAAGUUUUUGAAGUCGUUACAACAAAAGCGAUUGAGAUGACACGAAUCCUUUUGAUUCAAGGAUAUUAUACAAAACAUCAUGACAGAAAUUAUUCUUUGAAAUCUACUUAUGUUUAUUUGUUCACGUAUAGCAGGCUGUUUUCUUAAGGAUGAUAAAUAUUAGGGGUAAAAAAUCUCAAUAAAGCAGUGCGCAUAGCCAAGUAGUCUGGUAACAAAUAUAAAGUCAAAAUUUAGUCAUGUAAACAAUAGAAAUCUACAAGAAAAGACCUCCCCCGUAUGGUUUCUGCCAUAUAAGGUUUCUUGGUGUCGACUUGAUCAGAAAAGGGAAUUUGAACUCGAUAUGUCUCUAUUCAUUAUCGUUAGCACCGAAGAUUAGGAGAAAAACAACUUGAAGAUUUUUUUUAAAUAUUAAAGUGGUAAUAAAAAUUUCCAAUUGAAAGCUAACCCAGAAUUACUUGAAAUUUGUAGUUUUAUUAUUUUAGCUUUAUAAUUUAUAUUUUUUGUAUGCGUUAUUUUCUCGAAGUGUCUUCUAUUCGUGAUUCUUGACAACUGCUUUGUUAUGUUCAUUAUUUGUCAGUAAAAUGUUGCGAAUUGUUGGGAUAUCGUUUUCUACACUUUAAAUUAAGUUAAAAAAUAAAUGAAAUACAGAAAACGUUUUGUCUAAAUAAAUCUUUGUGUGAAAGGUGAAAGAUACGUUCAUAAUGCCGAAACUGAUCUUUAUUGUUGAUAAUAGAAAAGGGUAAACUUUCGAGAGUUAAAGAUUUAAAAAGUUUUAGUAAAUAAACUAUCGCAAGUGGAUGUUCUUGUUUAAAGGUCAAUACAGGCUGCCUCCCAUGUUUUCCAACUCAUCAACUUCAUUUAACCUUUUCUUAAAAUUCCGAUUUGUUAAUAUGUGUUAAUUGGUGUAUAUAUUAUUAUAGUUUUAUAGUCAUAAAGGUUUAUUAAUACAUGAAUUUCAUUGUAAGUAUGGUAUUUAUCCUUUUUAUUUUACAAGUUGGUAAUGUUAUUUUUAUGAACCAUUAAAUGAGAAACAACUGUUA